CGCAGGCCUUGUGAGCGGAAGCGGAAGAGUCAGCUCUUUCCGCUGCUGCUGCCGUCCUUCCUGAGAUUGCAACCCCCCCUCCCCUUCCCGUGACAGCAGCGACAGCCGGGUCUGUGCGCUUCUCCUGCCCCCUGUCCUGUACUCCCCCACCGGGGAAAGGAGGUCCGGCCGCCAGCGCUGCGCCCGUCUCGUACGCCCAGUGUCUCGGGAGAGCCGCCACAGGUGAGACAUGUUUUGGAAGUUUGACCUGCACACGAGUUCGCACGUGGACACUCUGCUGGAGAGAGAGAACAUUACUCUCUUUGAACUUCUGGAUGAGGAAGAUGUGCUCCAAGAGUGCAAAGUGGUCAAUCGCAAGCUGGUGGAAUUCCUGGUCCAGCCGCAGCACAUGGAGGAACUGGUCACCUGCAUCACCCUGGAGCCGCCCGGUGAUGUGGAUGAGAAGCUGCGCUAUAAGUAUCCCAGUGUAUCAUGUGAGAUACUUACAGCAGAUGUAACACAAAUCAAUGAUGCCUUAGGAGAAGAUGAGUCUUUACUGAAGCGUCUGUAUAGCUUCUUGCAAAAUGAAGACGACUUGAAUCCCUUGCUAGCCAGCUUCUUCAGCAAAGUUAUGGGAAUCCUCAUUAACCGCAAGACAGAACAGAUUAUAGCCUUUCUACGUAAGAAGGAUGACUUUGUAAACCUGUUGCUGCGACACAUAGGCACAUCAGCGAUUAUGGAUCUGUUACUGCGGCUUCUGACCUGUGUGGAGCAACCUCAGCUGAGGCAGGAUGUAUUCAAUUGGCUUAAUGAAGAAAAAAUUGUUCAGAGGCUCAUUGAAAUGAUUCAUCCUUCAAAAGACGACAAUCAACAUUCCAAUGCUUCACAGUCGCUGUGCGAUAUUAUUCGACUGAGCCGUGAGCAGAUGAUCCAGAUUCAGGAUAGUCCUGAGCCUGACCAGUUACUGGCUACUCUGGAGAAGCAGGAGACUAUUAAGCAGCUUCUUAGCAACUUGUUUGAAGGAGAUCAUAACGAGUCUGUGAUUGUUAAUGGUAUCCAAGUACUUCUAACUUUAUUGGAACCACGAAGGCCAAGAGCUGAACUCGGAGGGCUGAAUGCUUUCUACUGUAAUUUAGAGGGUCAAUUGGAGAUUAAUCCUCCUAGUAUAGACUCUUCCAGUACCCAGGCCAGCUUAGGCACCUUGUUGGCCAUCAAGCAGAGUUUAAAAGACUUUCAUCAGCUCCUCAUUGACCCUCCUAAGAAAGAAAGCUUGCAGACAACUUGGGGUGUCCUUGAUCCACCCUUAGGGAACACUCGCCUCCAUGUGGUGAAAUUGCUUUCCAGUGCAGUUAAUGCAAACAACAGGGCUCUAAACCAGGAGCUGAUCGAGCUAGAUGCAGUCAACACCAUGCUGAAUUUGUACUUCAAGUACAUGUACAACAAUUUUUUACACUCUCAAGUUGAGGCGUGCAUCACCACAAUUUUGAAUUCAAAUUCGAUUGAAGAUACCAACGAGAGCAAUGAGCAGGAGAACUUGCUUGUCAAAUAUCUUCUACAGAAAUGCCAGCUUGUGCAGAGGAUACUGUCAGCAUGGGAAGAUAAUGAGAAAGAACAGGCAGAAGGUGGGCGGAGGAAAGGCUUUAUGGGUCAUCUCACCAAAAUAGCAAAUUCACUGGUGCAGAGUUCAGAAAAGGGUCCUAACACUGCUUUCAUUAGUCAGCUACUUAAAGAACUUCCAGAUGAACAGCAGGAGCGGUGGGAAAGCUUCAUCUCGGGAUCUCUUACAGAUAUUAACAAGAAAAACACCAUAGACCUUGUAAAUACAAGAAAUAUGCACUCCUCCAGUGAUGAUGAAGACAGUGACCUGAAGGAAUUUAAUUUUCCUCAAGAGGCAGUUCUCCAACAGGCUUUUGUUGAUUACCAGAUGCAGCAGAUGACCUCUGCUUUCAUAGAUCACUUUGGGUUCAACGAUGAGGAGUUUGGAGAACAAGAAGAGAGUGUCAAUGCUCACUUUCGACAGCUGAAGAGUGCUCCUUUUGAUAAAACCGCCAACAUCACAUUUUCGAUGAAUGCUGAUGAAGAAAGCCCGAAUUCUAAUUUGUUUGAGAUUUGCUACAAAGAGCGCAUUCAGCAAUUUGAUGAUGAUGAAGAUGAAGGCUCAGAUGGAGAGGAUAUCUGGCAGGAAAAAGAGAUACGGUUUUCUUCAGGGACAAUGCAGAGUACUGGCACAAGGAGCUGUGGCAGCACAGACAGUGAAGAUAGUCGGGAUUCUGAUGAAGAGGAGGAGGAUUCUGGUGGUGGUGCCAGUAGUAGUAAUCCCUCAACAACAGAUCCGCCACCUGAAACGUCAGAAGAACCUGGCUGGACAGCAACCUUUGAUUCCACAUCUACAGAUGCCUCAGUCUCUCAGUCGGAUACUUCAGAAGAUACUGGUUCGUCAGUGUGGGCAGAGAAUGUACCUAAUAACAGUAGUGAAGAGGUCUGGGCUGACUUUACAGAUCACAGUAAACAGACGAGAUCCCAGCCAACAACCCCUGCAGAAACACCUACAGAAUCAGAAAACUGUUUAGCUCAGGAAGUAAAUAACUGCAAAGAUUCUGAUACUUCUAUAAAAGAAGAAACCAUGAACACCUCAGCCACACUGGGUAACUCCCAGGAGGGUCUAGCAGCUCCACAUUGUUCUGCUGCAGAAACGGGUACAAUAACACCAUCUUCCAGUGAAUCUGGGGAUGAAACCACAUGCACGUUGACUUUAAAUGGUGAAACUGCAGAGCCUGUGACGCAAGAUGAAACUGUGACAGAAGAUACUAACAGGGUGGAAGAUAGAGCCCCAUCUACCUCACAGAUGGAUAGCAUUGCAGAGUCUAAACAACAGAGCUUGGAAUUAACAAACGACACUUUAGAUAAGAACUCUAACAAAAACCAGACAGAAAUCCGGUAAACGUUGUCCCCUAAUCUGGCAUCAGAAAUAUAUGACUGAACAUCCAAAGAUCUGCAUUAAGUAUACGUAUGGAUUUUAAACCAGGACAAAGACCAAGCCUCCGUCUCCGUACACGAAAGUUUGAGACACAAACCCAGAAUCCGCUGUAAUCCAUUGUAUACGAGAAGAUUGUGAAAGCAAGAGACAAACGAUACUAUUUUUUGCACUGAACGUUAAUAGCAUAUAUGUGUUUGUGUAUGUAUGUGCAUAUAUAUAUAUAUAUAUAUAUAUAUGUAGCAUAUUAUAUGUACACACAUCUGUCUCACACAUGCUUUUAUAUAUAUUUAUAUAUGAAAGUGGCAACGGUAAAUACAAAGAAAACCGAAAUUAAUGAAAUCUAAAUUAUAUAGAAACUUUAUUUUACUCUCUUUGAAUGGCAGGUGACGCCACAGACUUAAGCACAAUAAGUCAAAACCAAAUCUUUUUUUUUUUUUUUAAUUCUUACUCUUCCCCACUUGAAAUAGAAUCAAAAAAAUGUCUAUGCAGUAAUUGGCCCGUGGAUGUAAUGCCUCGGCCGGAUUAUUGUCUUGGUCAGGCGUAGUUGUGUAAUUCCAUCUUUAUGGUCAAUUGCCUCUGAUUAAAACGUUAACUUUUUAUUUUUUUUUCUCUCCCCCAAUGUCCGACCCAUUUAUAUUCUAAUCCAUGAGCAUCUGAUUUUGUUUGCCAUAAUAGCUUUUCUGUAAAGUGGUUACCAAAAAAAUCCUCCUACAAUGAGAAAAAUCUCCUAAGUUGUUAGAUUCUCAGUAAUAAUAUUAGCAGUGCCUUAUUGUCAUCCCAUAAACGUGUAACCCAUUAAACUGUACUAGGAAUGACAU